CAUCUGACACCAUUAUCGUAGCCUCAUGGCCUGCAACAUAUGGACAGCAUGGCACCGGGCCGAAAGUAAGCCAUACAAGGACCGCUGACAUUUACUAACUUGGCACCAUCCAUCGCUCAGUGCUUGCUCUUUGAUGACGUUCUUCCGACGUAUUCACUAAGAAACCUGUCCAGAUUUUCAAUCUCACGGGAACCAUACUGCUGCACAUGGCCUAUACUUCGCGGGUAUCCCAUCUCGCGGGCCGCUGAAAGCGAUGAACGGGCCUCGUCAAUAGUCCGAGGUUUGGUACCGACAGGCUUCUGACUGUUUAUAGACCUUGAUUCUUCUUUUUGAACGUGUAUAUAUUCCUCAGGCUCUUUGCUUCUGGGAAAGACCACUGACACACAACCAUGCGUUUCUCCUCGCUUCCGUCUGUGGUCACUGCGACGAUUUUCCUGGCGAGAGCAUCGGUUUAUGCUCGUCCACGGUCUUAUGCUGUCUGGGCCGCUGAUUCUGCUAUAGCGCGCGGACAAGGAGAUGGUCUUGAUUCGGACGGAGACCCUACGGUUUCAUAUGAACACGGAGAGUUACAGUGGGGACUACGUCUGCUUUAUGAAACGACCGGGAACAAGUCGUACUUCGAUUAUAUCGUUCAAGGAGCUAGCCAGAUUGUCGAUAGUAAAGGUGAUAUUGAAGGCGACUAUUCCUUUUCCGAUUACUCUCAAGAUCCCAUAAGAACGGGACCGACAUUUGCGUAUCUGUACGAAAAAACAGGCCAGUCAAAAUGGAAGACUGCCAUGGAUACCUUCCACCAACAGCUCAUGGGGCAACCUCGAACUGCUGAAGGCCAAUUUUGGCACAAACUAAGAUAUUUUAAUCAAGGUUGGCUUGAUGGAAUUUAUAUGGGAGAAAUAUUCUAUACUGUAUAUACGAACGCAUUCCAACCGACCAACACCACAGCCUAUGCCGACAUCGCAAAACAGUUCGAUCUGAUGUUCCAAAACACUUUGCAAGAGGAAGGAGCUGCGAACUACACCGGCCUUUUAUACCAUGGAUAUGACUACUCUCACACCGCUUCCUGGGCCUCCGAGGAUCGAGGACAUUCACCCGAAGUCUGGGAUCGGGCAAUGGGGUGGUAUAUGAUGGCACUCGUCGACAUCCUCGAAAUUUACCCUAAAGAUAAAUCCGUCUUCCUGGACCACUUGAAUACACUCGUCCCACGAGUACGUGAUGCUGCUGAUUCGGAGUCCGGUGUGUGGUGGUUGGUCAUGACCCAGCCCGGCAGGACCGGUAAUUACUUUGAGAGCAGUGGGUCGGCUAUGUUUGUCUAUGCAAUGCUGAAAGCGGUGAGGCUUGGGUAUGUGUCGGAUAAUGAUAGAAGUAUCGUGAAGGCGGCUACAAAGGCGUACCAGUAUAUGAUUGACAACUGGGUCGUCGAUAACGGAGACGGAACAAUGAAUUGGUUGAAUACAGUGAAGGUCGGAAGCUUGGAUGGAAACGGGACGUUUGAAUAUUAUAUCAGCGUCGCUGUGGAUACCAAUGAUCUCAAAGGUCUGGCUGCAUUCCUAUUAGCUAGCCUUGAGUACGAAAAAUUAUAAACCGGUCUACUUACUGUAGCAAGAAACAAGCAUUCGCAUUCUUACUAUCGAUCGAUUGAAAGUGCAAUUCGAUCACAAGUUCAAACCACUUACGG